CAGCCAUUCACCACCACCAAUUGCUCGUGGUUUUCCAGCAAGCCAAAGGCCGGUGAUUUGUUCGCAACAACAAGCCUCGAACCGGCGACGCACCCGGCAGCCCGCAGCCCGCAGCCCACAACCCGCAACCCGCAGCCGUCGAGUGUCUCGAUCUUGGCUGCCCACUCCCUCCGCUCCCGAUGCUCCGUUCACUUCCGGGAUUGUGGUAGCCGCCCCGAGACCCGCGUCCGGAAUCCAGAUACAGUAUUCACACUCUGCGCCUGUGCGCUUCCGCCUCCGCGUCCUGGGCGGCGGUGCCGGGGCUCACCAUGAUAAAGGCAGUUGCGCGACCCAGACAAUGGCAACAAUGGAUUUGCACCGCUUGCCGAUCUCAACGAUCCCGGCGCGCCUGGCCCGCCCGCCAAUACCAACACCGCCGGCUCAUUACCACGUCCAGACCGGCCGCCUCUGAGCUCGAGCUCGAGACCGACCCCGACUCCGAACUCGGUAGUCCCUCCAGGGAGGCACCGCUGCUGCGCGAGGAUGACUUCAUUCUGCGCUCCGUUUUCGACUACCCGCACAUCUGGAAGGAGUUCUCCCACGUCUCGGGCGGGGUCAACGUCGGCCUGUUUCGGAAUCCCUAUCUCAAGCACCCGCGCGGCUUCCUCACCUUCGCCCGCGUGAGUUUGAAGAAGGCGCGGGCCGUCGUGGACCGCGUGUUGGCCGCGUCCUCCGUCGCCGAAUACCGCGCCAUCGUCCGCGAACUCGACCGCCUCAGCGACAUCCUCUGCCGCGUGCUCGACAUGGCCGACUUUGUGCGCGUCACCCACCCGAGCCGCCUGACGCAGCGCAUGGCGAGCGAGGCCUGGGACAUGGUCUACCAGUACAUGAACGAGCUCAACACCAUGACGGGCCUCCACGACCAACUGGCCGUCGCCAUGGCCAACCCGGACGUCACCGCCGCCUGGUCCGAGGAGGAGAAGGCCGUGGCCGAGGUGCUGAAGCUGGACUUCACCAAGUCGGCCGUCAAUCUGCCCCAGAAGUACCGCGAUCGCUUCGUCGAGCUCUCGUCCGAGAUCAGCACCGUCGGGUCCGCCUUCGUGCAAGAGAUGGCCCCGGACCAGCCCGCGCUCGUGCUUCCCAGCGGCGACUUCUUCGGCAUGGAUCCCCUCCAGGCGCGCGACCUCACCCGGGGCGGCAAGGUCCACCUCCCCACGCUGAGCGGGCAAGCCGCCUUGGCCUUGCGUACCGUGCACAGCGCGGAAACGCGGAAGCUCAUCUAUUACGCUUCGCGCACUGCGUCUCGCCGGUCCGUAGAGAUGCUCGAGCACCUGAUGAAGCUGAGGGCCGAGCUGGCCGCGCUUUCGGGCUUCGAGAGCUACAGUCACCUCGUCCUCCGCGAUCGCAUGAUGGCGCGGACCCCCGAGGCGGUGGACCAGUUCCUGCGUGCGCUAGCGGCGAGCAACAGGCCCCAGGCAAGACGAGAGAUGGCCGAGCUUCUGGCCGAGAAGCAAAAGGUCAACCCGCUGGCCGCCAGCCUCGACCCCUGGGACAAGGACUAUUACUCGGAGGCCAUCCGGCAACGGCUGAAGCAAAGUGGACGGCCGAGCGACCACUUAUCCUCCUACUUCUCUCUGGGGGUCGUCAUGCAGGGCCUCUCCAGGCUCUUCACCGAGCUGUACGGCAUCCGCUUCGUCCCCAAGCAGCCUCUGGUUGGCGAGACGUGGCACCCCGACGUGCGCCGCCUGGAUGUCAUCUCGGACACGGACGGCCACGUCGCCGUCCUGUACUGCGACCUCUUCUACCGCCCCGACAAGUCGCCGAAUCCGGCGCAUUUCACGCUCCGGUGUUCCCGCGAGAUCUCCGAGGCCGAGAUGGCCGAGGUGUGGGAACAGAGCCAAAAUGACCCGGAGAUGAUCCGGUUUGCGCGCCCGGAGAUCGCCGCCAACGACGGGAUGGCCUUCUCCGAGCAGGGAGGCUCGGUCAGGCAGCUGCCGACGAUCGUCCUCAUCUGCGACUUCCCGCAGUCGUCGACCUCCUCGGCCGACCAGCCCGCGCUGCUGAGCUUCUUCCAGCUGGAGACGCUCUUCCACGAGAUGGGCCACGCCAUCCACUCGAUCCUCGCCCGGACCUCGUUCCAGACGGUGGCGGGGACGAGGUGCGCCACCGACCUGGCGGAGCUCCCGUCCACGCUGAUGGAGUACUUCGCGGCCGACGCCGCCGUGCUGGGCCAGUUCGCGCGCCACUACGAGACCAACGAGCCGCUGCCGUACCGGCUGGUGGCGCACCAGGUCCGCCUGGCGCGCCGCUUCGAGGCGUCCGACGCCGAGAACCAGAUCAUCCUGGCCAUGCUGGACCAGGCGCUGCACUCGCCCGCCGCCCGCCGGCCGGACUUCGACUCGACCGCCAUCUUCCACGGCCUGCAGCGCGUUUUCGGCAGCGGGCCACCCGACCCGCCGGGCACCCGCUGGCACGGCUUCUUCGGCCACCUGUCGGGCUACGGCGGCGCCUACUACAGCUACCUGUUCGACCGCGUGCUGGCCCAGCGCGUCUGGGACGUCGUCUUCUCGUCGGGCGUCCGCCGCGGCGCCCUCAACCGCCGCAACGGCGAGCGGCUCAAGGAGAGCCUGCUCAAGUGGGGCGGCGGCCGCGACCCCUGGAAGUGCCUCGCCGAGGUGCUGCAGGACGGGCGGCUGGCCGACGGCGGCGAGAAGGCCAUGGCCCUGGUGGGUAGCUGGGGCUCGACCAGGCCGUGACGACGAUGACAAGAAGGAUGGGGGGUAGAGGAGGGUGGGGGAGAUGUUGGGCGGUUUCAGCCCGCCAGUCGGCGCAUGUACUUUGCAUGUACCUUGUACUGUGGCUGAUGUAUAUAUGCCCGGUGUGUGUGUGUCUCCCUAGGUAGUUGAGCCAUAUAGAACUGCAAGCGAUGUCCAAACACAUCUACUUCCCCGAUCUGUUCUCGGCCACUUCGAGUUACCGAAUAAAGGCCUUGUCCAGAACAGACGAUCCGUCCACAUCCCUCCGACAACUUAGGAAUUAGGAGAUUAGCACACCUUGUAAUCUUCGGCCCCACUGUUUGACUCCUUGCUCUCC